CUGUUCAGGCCCGCGGGGCCGCCUGUCGCGGAGUCUCUCGCCAAGACUGAAACUGCGAUCAGAGAUGCUCAGGCCACGGCCAUCGUGCCCGAGGUCAAGGAAGAAGAGGAUGAUGACCCCGCAGCCACUGCCGCCAGCCUCGAGGCCCUCUCGGCCCUGCUGGGCAAGGCUGCUACCCGAUUUGGGCUCGACUUCACGGCCCAGUCGGUGGCUGUCGGCGCCAAGGCGGAGGAGGCCAGGGCCAAGCUCCAGGCUCGUGACAGCCAAGAUGCGACCAUGUUCGACGCUAGUGCCAAGGUCGAGUUCGAUCCCGAGGAUGAUGAGGUCACCACGGCAUUUGCGGCCGCUGGUUUUGACGUCUCCGCCCUCAGCGCCAAGUUCAAGCGGCUGUUGGAA